AUGGGCAAAGGGAACCAAACUUACCUGACUGAAUUCAUCUUGCUAGGCCUUUCUUCAGAUUAUCACACCCAGAUCCUGAUGUUUGUCAUAUUCCUCAUCAUCUACCUGCUGACUGUGUUUGGGAAUCUGCUCAUUAUACUCCUAAUUCACACUGACUCUCGGCUUCAUACACCGAUGUACUUCUUCCUUAAAAAUCUGUCAUUUAUUGAUCUCUGUUUUUCUACAAUUAUCGUUCCCCAGAUGCUAUUUCAUUUGCUGGUCGCGAGAAAGACCAUUUCCUUCACUAGGUGCUCAAUUCAGAUGUUUUCUUUCCUAGUAGCGGGGUGUACAGAGAGUUCACUUCUGGCAGUGAUGUCCUAUGACCGCUACGUUGCUGUCUGCAAGCCCUUGCACUACUCUACUCUCAUGACCCAGAGGGUCUGUGUUCAGCUGGUCAUAUGGUCAUGGGCCAGUGGAAUAUUUGUGUCUUUAGUAGAUACCACCUUCACUUUAUGUCUCUCAUACCAGGGACAGAAUAAAAUUAAUCAUUACUUUUGUGAACCUCCUGCACUCUUAAAGUUGGCUUCAGAAGAAACAUACAAAGUUGAGAUGGCUAUCUUUACAAUGGGUGUGAUAAUCCUCCUAGGUCCUGUCUUUCUCAUUCUUUUCUCCUAUUCACAUAUCAUCUCCACUGUGAUUCAAAUACGAUCAGGGGAGGGGAGGCUUAAGGUCUUCUCUACCUGUAGUUCCCAUUUUAUUGUUGUUGUCUUCUUCUAUGGGUCGACCAUAUUUACCUACAUGCAGCCAAGUUCAAAGAAAAUGAACAAGGGGGAUAAGGUGAUCUCUGUGUUCUACUCUGUCUUAACCUCCAUGAUGAACCCUUUCAUUUAUAGCCUAAGGAACAAGGAUGUCAAAGAAGCAUUUAGAAAAGUAUUUAGAAUAUAGAGUCUUUCAGUCAGUGAUCUUUAUAUUGGUUUAUAAUCAAGUUAAUUGAAACAUUCCAAAGAGGUUCAAUAUCUGUAUCAUCUUUUUUAUUUUUAUUUUUUG